CGACGGAUGGUCAAGGUGGACCGGGCCUGGCUGGCUUGGUACAGUACCUUAGCUGCGGUACACUGGACCAGUCCUGCUCAGCCCGAGUAAAAUCCCGCUCGUGGGAAUCAAACAUAACUCGCCCGCGUCCACCUCAACCCCGAUCCAAACUUUCCUGUUGACUCUUCUCCCUCUUCUCCAAUACCUGUCCCUGCAUAUUCUCUUACCUUUUUUAUCCUUCUGCCUCUGAGCAUCAAUCUAGAAACAGUCCGACUUUACUCUGGACAAGUUACUACACGCAAUCAACCUGAACAUCUUUUCUACCCCACGUCAGAUACCCCGCCGUUCACAAUGGGUCUCCUGUCAGAGCUCAACAUCAAGCCUGGUGUCGUCUACGGCGAUGACCUCCUGAAGCUCUUCAACUACGCCAAGGCCAAGCAGUUUGCCAUUCCUGCUGCCAACGUCACCUCCUCUUCCACCGCUGUUGCCGCUCUCGAGGCUGCCCGCGAGGCCAAGUCUCCCAUCAUCCUCCAGACUUCCCAGGGUGGUGCCGCCUACUUCGCCGGCAAGGGCAUUCCCAACAGCGCCGACAAGCAGGAGGCUUCCGUCGCCGGUGCCAUUGCUGCCGCUCACUACAUCACCUCUAUCGCCCCCAUCUACGGCGUUCCCGUCGUCCUCCACUCUGACCACUGCGCCAAGAAGCUUCUGCCCUGGCUCGAUGGCAUGAUCUCCGCCGAUGAGGAGGAGUUCAAGCGCUCCGGCCACCCCCUCUUCUCCUCCCACAUGAUCGAUCUCUCCGAGGAGGAUGUCGCCUACAACAUCGAGACCACCGCCAAGUACCUCAAGCGCUCUGCUCCCAUGAAGCUGUGGCUCGAGAUGGAGAUCGGUAUCACUGGUGGUGAGGAGGACGGUGUCAACAACGAGGACGUCGACAACAACUCCCUCUACACCCAGCCCGAGGACAUCUACGCCAUCUACCAGGCCCUGAGCCCCAUCAGCCCCUUCUUCUCCAUCGCUGCCGGUUUCGGUAACGUCCACGGUGUCUACAAGCCUGGCAACGUCAAGCUUCACCCCGAGCUCCUCGGCAAGCACCAGGAGUUUGUCCAGCAGAAGCUGGGCACCGACGACAAGAAGCCCGUCUUCUUCGUCUUCCACGGUGGUUCCGGCUCCGCCGUCGAGGAGUUCCAGAAGGCCAUCUCCUUCGGUGUCGUCAAGGUCAACGUCGACACUGACCUGCAGUGGGCUUACCUCACCGGUAUCCGUGACUACGUCACCAAGAACAUCGACUACCUGAAGACCCAGGUCGGCAACCCCGAGGGUGACGACAAGCCCAACAAGAAGAAGUACGACCCUAGAGUCUGGGUCCGUGAGGGCGAGAAGACCAUGAAGGAGCGCGUCAAGCAGGCUCUGUUCGACUUCAACGCCAACGAUGUUUUGUAAAGGAAAAGUUAAUGGGUGAUACCUCCACAGAGAUGAGACCAAAAAUGGGAUGUGGUCUACUCUGUUCCGUAGGAUGAUGAUGGCGAAAAGCCCACCUACGUAGUUCUCAAAAUGAAGUAAAAGAGACAACCAACCGGCCUAUGCAUACGGUGACUGUGAUAACAUGCAUCGUUCCCACAGCGCAACAUGCCCAGCAGUGAUGGCGGGGUUUUGUCUGAGGAUAUCUGCAGGGGUUUCAACGGUCGGUCCAACGGUGCACACGGAAAACACCUGCCAGAAGCGGUACGAUGGAUGCAAGGCCCAUAUUUGGCAAUUUGAACCAACAACUUCAAGCUCGGCGACACCUCGUUAUUAUGUGACCAGAGUCUGCAAUCGAAUAUAAGCUACCCGCAC